AUGGCCAACUCCAUCCUCGCCCUCCUCCCCCUCGCCAUCUCCCUAGCCUCAGCAUCCGCGGCCCUCCCCCGAGCCGCCCCGUGCUGGACCGGCGGGAUCCACUCGGCCUGCAAUGGAGCGGCGACGGGGUGUACUCCCGACGGCAUCCUGGUGAAAUGCCAAGAAUCGACGGGCGCGAUGAUCUGGGCUUCCAUGUGCGAGGAGCCUGGACAGGACCAGCGGACUUGCUCGUACGACGCCGAUUGUAACGCGAGCUGUGCUGCGUGA